GGGGUUAUCCAAUCAUUCAAUCUUUAUUGUAAACACUCUCAUUCUGAGGUAGCAGAACUGAAUUUUAUUUGGUUUUCAUACAGAUCAGGGAUUGUUGUUAACUAUUUUUUUAAUCAAAAAGUAACUGUGCUCGAUGAACAGAGUCGCCAAGCAUGACACCGCCAGUAUUAAAGGAGUGUAUUGUAUGUCAUAAGCAACUGAAGAGCCGUUCCAGUCGACUUUACCACGAACACUGCCAGGAUCCGAAGUUAAAACCAUUCAAGUGCAUUCAUUGUGGGCGCACUUUUAGCUCGAGGUCGCAUAAAACAUUCCACGAGGAGAGCCACCAGGGACGACGACUUUCGUGCGAUCGUUGCGAUAAAUCCUACCAACAUCAACGCGAUCUAGAUCUACAUCUGCGAGAGCAUGACCGAAGUAAGAUUCACAAAUGCAACAUGUGCCUGGAGCAUUUCAACUCGCAACAAGCAUUAGUGAAGCAUAGACGGAGCCACGGCGAAACAAAGCACUUCAAGUGCGACCAAUGCGAUUUAACCUUUAGCUUGAAGGGUAAUUUAGUAAAACAUAUCAAAGUUUUGCAUUCCAAAGAGAAGCGAUUCUCUUGUGGACAAUGUAGCAAAACGUUCUACAGGAACAACGCACUAACAUUUCAUAUGCUGAGCCAUCAAGCUAGAAACUUCCAAUGCAAAACAUGUGAGAAAGAAUUUGUCGAUGCCAGGAAUCUAGAAAGACACUUGAAAAUUCACGUAUCACUCAAGGAGUUCCUAUGCGAUGUAUGUGGAAUUUCAAGCACGAGAAAAGACAACAUCAUUAGACAUGUCAAAAGUUUCCAUCCUGAAAUGAACCCCGGUAACGUGGUUCUGCGAGAUGAGCUAGGGGAUCGUUUGGAUGCGAUUAAAAAAGAUGCUCAACAAAGCAAUAAAUCUCUGUUAAUUACAGAACCAAAAGCGGAUCGACCUGUUUCAAAUAGGGUUAGUGUAAUUCAAGUGGUUGGAGUACCGAAACCCCUUGAAAUUACUACAUCUACCACAAAAAGCUCUAUUACACAGAAGACUGACCAGUAUCCUAAACCAGCCACUAAACUUGAUCCGCUAGAAAUUUAUCGUAAAAUUUUGAAGCCCAGCACAGAAGACGAUGAUGAUGCUGAUAAUCAUAAAACUCUAGCACUGACCCAGGCGAACAUUUCCACUAAAACAACAGGUGAGCUACUCCCGCCACCAGCGACGCUGACAACAACUGUAUCUGCUGCCAAUACUAACAAUAGUAGCAGCAAUAAUUUUGUUUCUAUAAAUAAUUUCUCUGAAGUUCAUUGGCGCAAGCGAACCUCACAGAUCUUUACGAAUUCGACUAGGUGA